AUGUGGAUUAUGAAUACAUUUUGUCAAUCUCUUGUCUAUAUUACUAUUUAUCAUGAUUUAUUCAUUAUACUAUUGUAUACAAUGUUAUUUAAUUGUAUUCAUGCUACCAUAGAUCAUUCACAUAUAUUAAAUGAUAAAUCUUAUUCGGAUAUAAAUUGGGAAAAUGAUUAUAAAAGAUCGCAUUUAUGGUCACCUAAAACACCAUUAAAUGUAUGGCCUGAUUUUAAAUUAAUACAACAAUGUGAUACAUUGAAUUUUGAAACAUUAAAAUUUCAUUUUAAUCAAUCUAUGAAUGAUAAAGAUUUAUUUGAAUGGACUAGUAUUAGUUUAUUUAAUUCGAAUCGAUUAAAACGUGGUUAUAUACUACUUGGUGGAUCUUAUAAACAUCAAUCAUUCAAUAAUAAGGCUAAUGUAUCCCCUAGAUAUAAUAGUCAAAUGAUUUUAUGUUAUUUAAAUUGGAAAUCCGAUUAUGAAACAUUAUUAGGUUUUGGUUUUAAUACAAAUUCAUGUAUACCAUUAUUACAAUCGAAUUCAAUGGAUAAUAAUAAUAAUCAUGAAUAUCUUGGUGCAACAAGUCAAUCCUUAAAAAUUACACAAGAUUUAAGUGUAUUUGUAUAUUGUGAUCCAUUAUGGCGAGCUAAUUCUUUAGUACCAAUUGGUAGAUGUUUUUUACAUCUUAUCAAUAAUGGAGUUAUUCAAUCGACUAUAGAAUUAGCUGAAUUUUGUCAAACUAAUUUAAAAGUAUUUACACCAUGUGCUGCUGGUCAUAGUAUUGCAUUAACAUAUCACAAUAACAAUCAUAAUGAUAAUCAUGAUAAUGAUCAAACAUUGAAAUCAAUCAAUGAUCUAUUAUCGAAUAUUCAAUUAUGGAUUGGUCAACCAUUAUCUACACCAUAUGGACGUAUACAAAUAUUAACUAAUUUAUAUAAUACAAUGAAAGUAACAACAAUUAAUAGGCCAGAAUCAAAUGAAUAUAGAACAAUUGGUUCAUUAUUUGGUUAUGCAUUAACUGAUGGUUUUGUCACAGCACCAGGAUUAUUUACAUAUGAUCAAUAUCAUAGCAAUAAUACUAAUACAAAUAUUAAUCAUUUAUUUGGUAUACAUUAUACUAAAUCCUAUAGAGAUAAUAUCAAUGGAUUUUAUGAUCAUAUUGAUUGGUAUCCAGAGCUCAAUCAUACUAAUCCAUUCAAUGGUAAUGGUAUCUCUGUACUACGUGUUCAUAUAAAAGGAUCAUAUCUUAAAAGUGUUAUAAUUGGUGCACCAUAUACUAGAAAUACGAAUAUCAAUACUAAUCAUAAUAAUCAUACUAAAAUAGAUUCUAUUCAAUCAACCAAUUAUAAUAUUGGACGAAUUUAUUUAUUAUGUCAAUUAGAUUCUUAUGAAACAUCAACUACAAUAAUGGAUUAUUUAGAUGGUCCAAUAGAUUCAAGACAUUUCGGUUUUUCAUUAACAAAUCUUGGUGAUUAUGAUGGAGAUGGUAAUGAUGAUAUUGGAGUUGGUGCACCAUAUUUAGAAAGAAAUACUACUUAUUUUAGUUAUAUUUAUUUUAUACGUUUAUUAUCGAAUUGUAAAUUUGAUAGAAUACCAUUACAGAUAUUAAAAAGUCCAGCUAAUGCUUAUGAUUAUGGUGCUUAUUUACCAUCGUAUACUGAAGAUUUAGAUUUUAAUGGUAUGAAUGAUUUAGUGGUACCAAUCUCUUCUUCUUCUAUAAAACAAAAUAUCUUAACAGAUCAAUCAAUUUUAGUUUAUGCAACACGUGAUCAAUGGAUUGCUGAUUGUCAUUAUUUAUUUCCACCAUGGUUAACUAUAAGAAAUUUAUACAAAAAUGAUAUAAUACCAAUACAAAUUAUCAUUUAUUUUAAUCAUUUUAAAUAUCGAUUAUUGAAAUCUAAUCAAAUCAAUAAAAAAUUAAUCAAUUCAUUACAAUUAAAUCAAUUAAUUCAUCAAAUUAAUCCUGAUUGGAAUGUUACCAAUAUCAAUGAACAACGUUUUCAUUUAAUUAAUUCUAUUCAAUCUCAUAUUGAUUUAAAACAAAAUCAAUUAAUUAUUGAUUUUAAUCUACAAGCUAAUAUAAAUAUUGAAGAGAUUAAUGAUUUAGAAUUAAUCAAUGGAGGUAUUUAUAUUGGUUAUCGAUUUUUACAACCAUGUUAUUUUAAUCAUGAUGUAAUCAAUCAAAAUGGUACUUGUUUAAAUGGAAGUUGGUUAAAACGUCCAUAUAUUGAUUGGUCAAAAUGUAUUAAUAAAUUACCAUUAACACGUUAUAUUUGUUAUCCAUAUCCAAUAUGUGAAAGUGAUAUAAUGUUAUAUGUAAAAGAUAUAAAAUCCAAUAAAUUGAUUAGUUUUCCAUAUAAAAAUAAAUCAAUAUCUGAAAUCAAUCAAAAUAAUACAAUCAAUGAAUCGAUAACAAUGAAUAUUGAUAUAGAAUAUGGGAAUAAAAAUAGUUCUAGACAACAAAUACAAAUAGAAGUAUAUAAUUUAGGGCCAACUCAAUCAAAAGGUACAAGAAUGGAAUUACAAUUUUAUGGAAAUUUAAAAUUUUCCCAUCUUGAAUUAGAAAUUGAUACUGUAACUAUAGAUAAUAAUAUGACUAAACGUUAUACAGAAACAAUCAUGGUCGAUGUAUCAGAAAAUGAAACAUGGGUGAAUUGUCCUAUUGGUACAUUAUUACCAUUAUUAUUAUCAUCAUCCAUGAAUGAAACUAAUGAAAUAAUACAACCGAAUCAACGUUUUCUAUUAUCUACAUAUUAUGAUCAAUUUAUGUUAGAUCAAGUAGAUUUUCAAUUAGGUGCUGGAAUUACAAUUCAGAUUAUUACUGGUACAUUAGAUCCUCAACCAUUGAAUAAUAUUGUCCGUAUUAAUUAUCAUGUUAUACAUCGACCAAAUAUACGUAUAUCAUAUGGUCCUGGUAAUAUACCAAGUAAAAUGGAUAAUCGUACAAUCCCUUUAAAUGUAUUAUUGAAUCAACAAAAACAACGUAUUAUUGUAUCAGAAAUUGGUCCAAAAGUUGAACAUAUUAUACAAAUUGAAUAUAUGGGACCAUCAAAUCAAUUGAAUAAUGUGACUAUGAAUCUAUUAGUACCUAUUGAAUUAGAUACAAUGAAUAAAAAUGAUAAUAAACCACAAUAUAUAUUAUAUAUGUUUAAUGAAAUACGUUCAUCAUUAUAUAAUAAUAAUAAUAAUAAUAUCCUUGAAUGGAUGGAUUCACGACCUAAAAUCUACUCUAUGAGUAAACAUAAUGAUAAUAAUAAUGAUACAAAUGAUAAUGGUAGUAAUGAAGAUGAUAUAAGUAAAGUUGGAAGUUGUAUGAUAGUCAAUAGUGAAAAAGUAGUUAAUCCACGUGAAUUCAUUCCAAUGGAUGUGAAUACAAUUUAUUCACGGAAACGUCGUAAUGUUUUAACAAAAACUCAAGAAGAUGAAAUAAAUAUAGAGAAAUCUCUCAUUGAUAAUGGAAAUGAAUCAUUUUCAGCAGAAUCUGUUGAAACAAUACAGUCAUCGUCAUCGUCGUCAUCAACUCCGAAAAUUCCUGUCAUACAAUUUCGACGAUUACAAAAAGAGGUAUUUGAAUGUAAUCGCGUUGGGAAUCGAAUACAAAAACCACCAAUAUGUGCAGAGAUUAUAUGUCAUGUUGAUGAAUUAGUGAAAAAUCGUCCUGUUUUAAUUAAAGUUACUGGAUGGUUAUGGGCACGUACUUUGUUCGCGAAACAUAUAUCAGAUGUUGAUCUUGUCACCAUCAUAUCCGUCAAUCAAGGUGAUAUACCAAAAGGUGUACAACCAGCUAAUGAACCAGUUGGACAUUUUUAUUUAUCACAAACAUUUUUCUUUCCACAAAUUCGUCCAAAAUUAAUUCAUCAAUUACCAAUAUGGCCAAUUAUUGUUGGCAUUGUAUUAGGUGUAUUAUUUUUAUAUUUAUUAAUUAUUUUAUUAUAUUUAUUAGGAUUCUUUCAUCGACAUAAAACAGAAUUACGUAAAGCAAUGCUUAGUAAAGGUGGAGCUGAAGAUACCUAUAAACGUGAACAAACUGAAUUACUGUUAAAUGAUCAAAUCAAAUCAAAACAACAAUCGAUGACAACAGGAAUUGUCAAUAAUAAUAAUAA